GGCUUCCGCCCUGCCCUCCGGUCCCCUCGGUUCCUGGGUAAGGCGCUGGGCAUCUUGGCCAGAGCCGGGACGUGGACCGUUCCGCCAGCCGCACCUCAGGGUGGGACCUUUUCUCUUCCCCACUGGAAAAGCAAACCGACUUCUUUCAGGAUGGUGCUGCUCAGCUGGAGUGUGCUGUGGCUGCUGCUGCCUCUUGGCUCCAGGGCCCAGAAGCUGCCCACUCGAGAUGAGGAGCUUUUCCAGAUGCAGAUCCGAGACAAGGCGUUUUUCCACGAUUCAUCAGUCCUUCCAGAUGGAGCUGAGAUCAGCAGCUAUCUCUUCAGAGACACACCUAAAAGGUACUUCUUUGUGGUGGAAGAGGACAAUACUCCACUCUCGGUCACGGUGACGCCCUGCGAUGCGCCCUUGGAGUGGAGGCUGGGACUGCAGGAGCUGCCCGAGGAUGGCAGCGGGGAGAGCUCAGGUGACCCCGAGCCCCUCGAGCAGCAGAGGCAGCAGAUGACACACGAGGAGGGCCCGGAGCUCUUCUCCUACAAGGGCAACGCYGUGGAGUCCUUCGCCUCCUCCAGUUCCCCCGCGGGUCUGUACCAGCUGGAGCUCCUCUCCACGGAGAAAGACACGCACUUCAAAGUGUAUGCCACCACAACUCCAGAGUCGGACCAGCCCUACCCGGAGCUGCCUUACGACCCCCGGGUGGACGUGACCUCCCUGGGGCGCACCACGGUCACGCUGGCCUGGAAGCCGAGCCCCACGGCCUCCUUGCUGAAUCAGCCCAUCCAGUACUGCGUGGUCAUCAACAAGGAGCACAACUUCAAGAGUCUCUGUGCAGCAGAAGCCAAGCUGGGGGCGGACGAGGCCUUCAUGAUGGUCCCCAAACCUGGUCUCGACUUUAGCCCCUUCGACUUUGCCCAUUUUGGGUUUCCUCCCGACCCCCUGGGCAAAGAACGCAGCUUCCUGGCAAAGGCUUCUCCCAAACUGGGCCGUCCCGUGCACCCCAGGCCCAAGGYGGACAUUCAGAAAGUCUGCAUCGGCAGCAAGAAUAUCUUCACCGUCUCCGACCUGAAGCCGGACACGCAGCACUACUUCGACGUCUUUGUGGUCAACACGGACACCAACAUGAGCACCGCCUACGUGGGCACCUUUGCCAGGACCCAGGGGGAGGCCAGGCAGAAGACCCUGGAGCUCAAGGACGGCAAGGUGACGGACGUGUUUGUCAAGAGGAAGGGGGCCAAGUUCCUCCGCUUUGCGCCUGUCUCUUCCCACCAGAAAGUGACCUUCUUCAUCCACUCCUGCCUGGAUGCUGUCCAGGUCCAGGUGAGAAGAGACGGGAAGCUGCUGCUGUCCCAGAAUGUGGAGGGCAUCCGGCAGUUCCAGCUGAGAGGAAAACCUAAAGCCAAGUACCUGGUCCGCCUGAAGGGAAACAAGAAAGGGGCUUCYGUGCUGAAGAUCCUGGCGACCACCAGGCCCGGCAAGCAGUCCUUCCCCUCUCUGCCCGAAGACACGCGGAUCAAAGCCUUUGACAGGCUCCGCACCUGCUCCUCGGCCACAGUGGCCUGGCUGGGCACGCAGGARAGGAACAAGUUCUGCAUCUACAGGAAAGAGGUGGACGACAGCUACAGCGAAGACCAGAAGAAGAGAGAGCUCAACCAGUGCCUGGGACCGGACACCAGGCCCAGGUCCGAGAAGGUCCUCUGCAAGUACUUCCACAGUCAGAACCUGCAGAAGGCGGUGACCACAGAGACCGUCGGAGGUCUGCGGCCCGGCAAGUCCUACCUGCUGGACGUCUACGUCAUCGGACACGGCGGGCACUCCGUGAAGUACCAGAGUAAAGUCGUCAAGACCAGGAGGCUCUGCUAGGUCCCGAGGGAGGGACCCCAAGUCACGUUACCUGUUGACUGACAGCUCCCACAGCCG